ACGCCGUAGGGGGCGGGCCGUUCGGGGUUGGUUUCCUGGGCGACCACCGCUGGUUAGUCGGUUAGAGGUGUGCGGGCUUCGGGGGCCAUGGGGACUCCUCCCGGCCUGCAGACGGACUGCGAGGCGCUGCUCAGUCGCUUCCAGGAGACGGACAGUGUACGCUUCGAGGCCUUCACGGAGCUCUGGAGAAACAUGAAGUUCGGUACUAUCUUCUGUGGCAGAAUGAGAAAUUUAGAAAAGAACAUGUUUACAAAAGAAGCUUUGGCUUUGGCUUGGCGAUAUUUUUUACCUCCAUACACCUUCCAGAUCAGAGUUGGUGCUUUGUAUCUGCUAUAUGGAUUAUAUAACACCCAACUGUGUCAACCAAAACAAAAGAUCAGAGUUGCCCUGAAGGAUUGGGAUGAAGUUUUAAAAUUUCAGCAAGAUUUAGUAAAUGCACAGCAUUUUGAUGCUGCUUAUAUUUUUAGGAAGCUACGACUAGACAGAGCAUUUCACUUUACAGCAAUGCCCAAAUUGCUGUCAUAUAGGAUGAAGAAAAAAAUUCACCGAGCUGAAGUUACAGAAGAAUUUAAGGACCCAAGUGAUCGUGUGAUGAAGCUUAUCACUUCUGAUGUAUUAGAGGAAAUGCUGAAUGUUCAUGAUCAUUAUCAGAACAUGAAACGUGUAAUUUCGGUUGAUAAGUCCAAGCCAGAUAAAGCCCUCAGUUUGAUAAAGGAUGACUUUUUUGACAAUAUUAAGAACAUAGUUUUGGAGCAUCAGCAGUGGCACAAAGACAGAAAGAAUCCAUCCUUAAAAUCAAAAAGUAAUGAUGGAGAAGAAAAAAUGGAAGGAAAUUCACAAGAAACAGAGAGAUGUGAAAGGGCAGAAUCACUAGCGAAAAUAAAAUCAAAGGCCUUUUCAGUUGUCAUUCAGGCAUCCAAAUCAAGAAGGCAUCGUCAAGUCAAACUUGACUCUUCUGACUGUGAUUCUGCAUCUGGUCAAGGGCAAGUCAAAGCAACUAGGAAAAAAGAGAAGAAAGAAAGAUUGAAACCAGCAGGAAGGAAGAUGUCUUUCAGAAACAAAGGUAACGUGCAGAAUAUACACAAGGAAGAUAAACCUUUAAGUCUGAGUAUGCCUGUAAUUACAGAAGAAGAGAAUGAAAGUUUGAGUGGAACAGAGUUCACUGCAUCCAAGAAGAAGAGAAAACACUGAACAAAGAGCCUGGUGUAGUUUUUAAUUUUGAGUUUUCUGACAGAAGAAAAGAAUGAUAUUUUGUGUAUUGAACAGGAAGACUGCCAGUAUUAAAAAUAAUCCUUCUGGGAAACUGUAGGUUAUUUCUUGGAAAUUGCAAUACAUAGUUCUAGAAUAAAAGUACACAAAAUUAGAAUAAGAAUUCUUUAACAUUUUCUUUAAUGAUAUGCAUAAAUGGAGAUAAAACUUGUAUUUAGUAUGUAAUAUAAAAAAUUCUGUUAUUUGCAGAUUGUUACUAUUUCCUGUAACGUUUUGUGAUACUAUACUGUCCGAAUACAGUCUGGUAAUACUAUUCUAUUUAAAAUAUAUUUUAUUGAAAUAUUAAUGUUUAUUACAUGCAAAUAACUAAUCAUUUUGUAUCUACAGUCUGAUAAUGGAUUUUUUUAUUUUGUAUAUUCUAUUUUGUAUAUUGUUAAGUGCAAUAAAGUUUUUGCCUUGUUUUA